AUGGCGAAAACAAAAUCAAGAGGAAGAAGAGCUGAAAAGAAAGCACAGAAACUAGAUUCACAAGAUUUUGUAGAAAUAUCUACGGAGGAUAACCAGGGUAAUGUGGACCAAACCAACAUUCCAAAUACUUUUUUUGGAUUAGUAGAUUCAAGUGAAAUAGAUUAUUUUAAACAAGCAGAAUCUACAUUAAAUAUUAAUUCGUUUGAAAACGAUGAAGAAAGAGAAGGAUUUAUAAACUCAGUUAUUAAAGAAGCACAAGGAAAAGAGUUAAAAUUAGUUACAAAUCAAAUAUGCUCAAAAUUAAUGGAAAGAAUAGUCUUGUUUGCCAAUACUAAACAAUUGAAAGAAAUAUUCAAAAAUUUCUCAGGUCAUUUUGUUUCAUUAGCUUUCCAUAAAUAUGCAUCACAUGUUUUAGAGACUUUAUUGGUGAGAGCAGCUGCAUUAAUUGAGAAAGAGAUCUUACAAACAGAUGAAGUCAAAUAUGAAGAGGAAGAUGGAGUUGUUAUUGAAGAUCGUACUGAUUCAGAAACAAUAGAAGAACUAUUCAUCAAAAUUGUGAAUGAAUUCAAACCAUAUUUAAUUACAAUGAUUGAUCAUCAAUAUGCUUCACAUGUGUUAAGACUAUUAAUUUUAAUUUUAGCAGGUAAAGAAUUACCUUCAACAACAACAUCAAACUCACAACUUCGAUCAAAGAAAUCUAAAAUUGCUAGAAAGAUGAUUGAAAUAAAAGAUAAUGAAGAUUUUAAUCGAUCUUUUCAAGUACCAGAAUCUUUCAAAACCGAACUACGUGAUUACUUUCAAAUUAUAACAAAAGACCUAGAUUCGAAAAAGGCGAGAGAAUUUGCUAUUCAUAAAAUUGCAUCACCAGUAAUACAACUAAUAAUACAAGUUGAAGGAUUAGUGGAUCGAGAACGUACAAUUUGGCAUUUAAUAUUUGCUAAACAAUCAGAUGGGGAAGUGGAUGAAGAAAGAUCUUUUGUUGAAUAUUUAUUAUCGGAUCCAGUUGGAUCACAUUUUUUUGAAGCUAUUAUUAAAAAUGAUGGUGCAAGACCUCAAUAUAUUGAAAGAUUAUAUAAACUAUAUAUGAAAGACAGGAUACUAAAAUUGGCGAAUAGAGCGACUACUGGUGUUUAUAUAAUUCAAGCAUUACUUUUCAAAUUAAAACCAGUUGAAGUUGAACAUAUCCUAGAUCAAAUUACACCCGAAUUGUCCAACUUGAUAUCUAUAUCAGAGCAUAAAAAUCUAGAUUUAGCACAAAGAGUAAUUGAAGCAUCAAUUAUAAGAGGAAAUUAUUUAAGAGAUGAAAUAAUCACACAAUUAUUCAAAAAAUUUGCUCCAAAUUAUGAUCUUCUGCAAAAUAAUCAAACGGACGUAUCAACUGAAUUUUUAGAAAAUGUACUACAAUUGACUGGUUCAACUUUAGGAAAUACAAGAGAUGAUUGGCCAACGGCUGAAGAAAGAAAAAGAGCAUUAUUUUUAGAAAAAUUAAUGGAAUUAGAUUAUAGAUUUGUUAUUUUAGUUUGGUUAAAUUUUAUUGCAUUACCAGUUGAAAAAUUUGUACAAAUGUGUUUUCAUGGAGUCUUUUCUCAUGUUGUUGAAAACUCAUUAAUUGUUGAACAAGAUGAAUCAAAACCUAUUCAAAUUUUGAGAAAGAGAUAUUUGAAUAUAUUUCAAGGACAAAUAGUUGGAUUAGCAUGUAAUUCAUAUGGAUCUCAUAUAGUUGAUAAACUAUGGGAAUUUACGGUAUUAUUACCUAUGUAUAAAGAUAGGUUUGCAUCAGAAAUGAUGAACGAAUCAACUAAAGUGAAAGAAAGUACAUAUGGUAAAUUAGUAUGGAAAAAUUGGUCUAUGGAAUUAUUUUUAAGAAAAAAAUAUGAUUGGAAACUGCUUGUUAAGACUCAAGAACAAGUAUUUUUGGGAAUUGAUGAAAAUACAGAAAGAGUUAAAAAACCAAUAGAAUUGAAGAUGGAGAGACUAGCUGAAGAAAAGAAAAGACAACAAGAAAUAGCAGAGAGAGCUCAAAGUGGGUAUAAUAAACGUAAAUUGGAUCAAUUAAUGGGUAAUAACGACAAGAAACAAAAAUUAAGAGGUAGAAGAAGAGAGUAA